AUGCAUUUCUCUACUCUAUUCAUCGCUGUCUCGGCCAGCCUCCUUUCCGCUGUCUCAGCCGGCCAGGUCAACUUCUACUCGGACACCAACUGCCAGCACUACAUCGGAGAGUCGCAUCCAGGCUCCUUCCAGACCGUCGGAGGUCCGGCCGGUUCAUUCUCUGCAUUGUGGGUGUCAGGUGACCAGUGGUCCUGCAGUGACACCUGCGGUCCGUACAUCAUCUGCGGCACUUCGAACUGCAGCCGCCGCAGGGCUACGGGGAUCGGAAAAUGUGUAACCUUCAACACGGGUGUUUGGGCGAGGAACGGGUGUGGACAGGACAUGUGCAACAAUGCUUAAGUGGUGGUGAUCUUCGAAAAGGGAGGGCAAUGUUGGCUGGCGGGGAGUAUGUGUUUUCGGAAUAAAAUGAGAUAUAAGCAAGAUUACAACCAUCACUUUUUUCGCUAUCUUGUCAGCCUAGCAGGGCACUACACUUUCUUCCACCCGUUCCUCUCAGUACUUGUUCGCCCACUGAUUGACAUCCCGCGUUGGCCUAAGGUCAAACUUUGCAUCCAGC